GAAUAAAACAUAUAGGCCGUCGUGGACAUUUCAAUCCCUUAUAAUCCACUAUAAGUUAUAAAAGUCCGACACGGUAUCGCAUUCUGAGUUGCGGCAGCUUUAAUGUUAUUUGUAGCGUGGAACACUCAAUCUAAAAGCCAGCGACUCGUGAGAUUUGGAAUACAGCGUUUCUGUGUAAACCAACAUUAGGCAUAAAUCUGUCACACGGCUCAAUGUAUUCAGAAUCGUUGAGAAGUUUUGUGGUAACUACACAUUUUCAUCUUUAUCUAUUUUCAAGUUGAAUGCAUGUAACUUGCUUUAUCCUUGCGUGGCUGGAAAACGACCGUCGUUAUAAUAUACGAAUGAUACGUUUUAUAUACUUUGUGCCCGCUUACUAGUUACCACAAAUGUAACUUUGUGGGCGAUUGUUUUUUUUUUGUCCUAAAGGCUGACGAUAUAAAUAUCCCAUUAGUGACCAAGUUUUGAUUUAUCUUUGGUAAGCCCCUUUUUCGCAAACAUUAUUCAUUGUGAGAAUUCGGUGGGAGUAAACCGCAGACGACCGAAUUGGAGUCGCCUCACAGAAUAAGCAUAGGGUUAUUAUGACGAAUGUUGAGAGAGAAAGAACGAGAGAGAGGUAUCGGCGAACACUGUGUUCGUCAUACAACGGUUGGAUAAUGUGGAGCCAUAAGACGAAGGCGUGAACGUGGUGGAUUACCGACAGGCGCUAAAUUGCUUUAGAUAACAUUGAUAGUCGCCAGAAGGUGGCAAAUAAUCGGCAUAGUAUGGCUGGGUGUUUGAGCAACUUUACGAGAGUGUGUUUGUGUUUAGAAAGCAAAUAUAGGCGGAAUAAGAAUUACCGCAAGAGUAGUUGGUAUUAUAAUGUUUAAUUACUAUACAAAGCUUGAUUUAUGUUUGUUUAAGCAUAUCGAAUGCCGAAUAUAACUUGUUCUGAUUAAGCUAUGUCGUUAUAAACGUAAUGAAGAUACGCCACACAUAGAAUAAAGUGCUACUAAAUAUGCAGCAAACAAAACGUCAGUACAACUAGUGGUGUACCAAGAUAUAUGCAUAUUUUCCCAAUAACUAAAACAACAUUAGGUUCUUGUUCAAAAUGGAUCAAUUGGGAGCAAAAUAUAUUUAUUCAAAGGCACGCCCUUAGCAAUGCGUUAAUGCCCGUCUGCACCAAUUAGCUAUAAUAGCGUUGGUUUAAAUGGCCGUUAAGUUAUUAAGUUAAUAACCAUUUAAAUCUGGUUUGAUUAUUUUUAGAUAUAAGGUGCGGGUAGUUAAUGCAUUUGUAAUGCGCAUAUGAAUAUCGAUGAAUUAUCUGUAAUGGAAAACUUCGACAAUGUGUAGUAGAUUGUAGCUUUUGAAUAAGAUUACAAUGGCAAUGCAACGAUGGUGUGUGUUCGUUGUGUUGCUGCAUUACACAAGUGCACGAGUGGUCAGACCGAACAUGAAGACGCAGGAAUGCCUAAAGACUUCUCACUAUUUGCGGGACCCAAAUGAAUACGUUUGCAAGGACUUAGGAUUGUGUUAUAAGCAUUACUGUAGGGCCCCUGCAAGGAAAUGCGUUGGUUGCGAUUAUACUCGAAAACCAUCAUGCCUUCUUGUUGGUAAUGAGGCGCAAAAUAUUUCAUCACAAUUGAACAAAAAGCCAAAACCGCGGAUAAGAAAUCCUGAAUACGAAAAUUGCACGAACUGCAUACACGGUGUACUACGAAUCAAAGCCGGCGACCGGGAAUGCCUUGGAUUUCUGGCAGCUGUUCCAAACGCGAAGCAAUACAGACUCGUUGUGGUUACCGCUGCUAGCUGUGUUACCCGUUUUAAAGUGACUUGUGCGGUUCCUAAUACAGCAAACAACGAAUCGCGUUCAAUCCAUGGGUCUGCGGCUUGCUUCGGAAAUCCGGACACCCGGAUCGAUCAGGUCUCUAAAGGGUUUAGAUCCUACUGCGCUACUAUCACUAAUAACGGUUCAACGGUGACAGUACCUUUGAAUAAUGAAUUCGUUCUCAUACCACGUCAGUACAUUGAAUGUGGCGAUUGCUUAUACGACAUUGCUGUAAUCAAACUGCGCGCAAACCAUCUUAGAGACUUGAAACUGACUUCAGAAAACGCCCAUGUUUUACAGACGAUCAGUAAGCCAAAAAAGAUCAAAAAAACUCCAUUUUUUGUUGGUUACAAUAUUCCGAAUUCGCCCGAUAUUAACUGGGACAGCCAACGUAUAUUCUUCUCGACAGAAGAGAAAUUUCUAAGCCAGAAAAUGUGUAUGGACAUUAAUUCAACCGACAUAGGCGAGUACAUAGUAAAUGGAAGUCCUGUACUGUACAAGCUAAACUCAAGUUCUGUUGCAACCAACGCUACAUUCCAAACAGCGCAUACUGUAGCUGGUGUCGUAUCCUAUGUUCGACCAUUAGGCAGCACUGGUGUAACAAGGGCAUCGGUAGUGAGAAUAACAGAGCAACUGGUCGAUUUUAUUUGGAGAUGGCUCAAAGUUAAAUGGAAAGAGAACGAAUGCAGCCAACCGGAUGACAGAUUAAAUGCUAAAUACGAUUGUUAUCCGUCGUUUAAAGAUAAUGGUGGAAAUAAUUCUUUGUGUCUAUGUGCUCGGGGUUGGAAAAAUGAAAGGGGCCACUGCAAAACAGCAACAUCAGAAGGGCUGCGCAACUGUGUUUGGGACAAAACAGAGAAGAUGAUGACGUGUACAGGAGGCAUUAUGAGCGAAUCGGCAUUGAGUAGCCCGGUAGAGAUGGGACUAGAUACAACAGUUUUGCCAGGGUCUACAAAACAUCUAAGUUUUCUAUCGCAUGAAAUUAAAGACGGGGUGGAAUUGCAAGAAGUGCUGAGACAUUUACCAAACCUUAAAAGCUUGGAAGUUGAGCAUGCGAAUUUACAGACCCUAUCAAUUUCAACGUUCCAAGGCAACCCAUUACUGCAAAGGUUGUCUCUUAGCAACAACAAUUUAUCAAGAAUAAACGAAGACUUGUUGAUUAGACAACGAAACUUAUUAUCUCUGAAUCUGGCAAAUAACCGGCUACACUACAUCCCGCGAAGGGUGUUCCGAAAACAACUUAAACUUAGAGAAUUAAACGCAAGGGGAAAUGAAAUUGAGCGUAUUGCAACUCGAGCACUUCGUAAAAACACCAAGUUACAAAGGAUACGUCUAAGCCGUAACAGAAUCACCACCAUCCCACCAACCCUGUUUAUAACCAACACCGACUUACGGGAAGUCUACUUAGACUAUAACCACAUUACAGAGAUAUCUGGAACCACUUUCCGCAACUGUCAUCGGUUAAAGAGACUCAACGUAGAAGGAAACCAGCUAACCAACAUCCCAAGAGAACUUUUCCUCUCGAAUAUAAGACUCACUGUAGUUAACUUGGGUAAAAAUAGAAUCUCAAAUCUCCCACACGAUUUGUUUGAUAACCAGUUAUAUCUUGAAGAAGUCUGGCUGAAUGAAAACCCCGAGCUACCCUCGACUUUAACGUUAGGCGCCUAUUUGAGUCAGGCUUCAAUAAAUAGGCUUAAACAUCUACUAGAAGUUUACAGCAAGCCCUAACCCACAGUUUAAUUGAAAUCUAUUCUAAUCAGCAUAUUUUGUUAUUUGCUCGUUAUUCAAUGUGUUUGUGUGUUUUACUAAAAGUGCCACAAUUUUCUAAACAGCAAUAAAUUUCGCAAUUGUAA